GACUAACUGGGGGGACGGGGUGAGGGGGGAACCAGGGGGCUGUGCAAGAAGCCGGGCUGGCUGUCGGCAGCCGGAGGAGGGGAGCGCUUUGCGCUUUGCUCUGGGUCGGGGGAUCCAGAACUGGGGGGACGCAGCAGCUUCGUGCCCCGCCCCGGGGUGCCCACGGCCGCCAUGUCGCAGAUGUAUUGUUAACCCCGUCUCCCCCCCACUUCCCCCUUUUGCCCCUCCCUCUCCCCCCUUCCCACUCAGGACAGGCGAUCCGGAGGGAAAGAAGGACACAGAGAAGAGAGUUGGAAAAACUGGCAAUGUUUUACUAAUGCUAUAUUAAGAGCAGAGAAAAUAAUACAAAACCAAUCCUGAAAGUCUCAGCAACUGCAGAGCCGGCACCUGAAGUCCUGGACUGGACUCUGCAGCCAACCGGAGCUGGAUUCAGUCUCUCAGUAGGCCUCAGUACGCAGGGACGACUAGCAAGGUCCUCUCCUAAUGUCACCAUAAGCAGAAGGGACGAAAAGGGGCAAAGAGGACAAGAUCCUCAUGAUCUGCCACUUGUAUAUGAAGUAUUCAUGUGAAGGGGAUGUUAUACACGGUUGGUCAGUUUGUUGGUCACCUGUUUCUUGUUGCUCCUCUUGCAAGAUGUGAAUCUGUCCUUAUCAACAAGUAAGCAUUCCAUUGCAAUGUUUAUCAAAACAUGUAUGUGUCUGGUUCUCCAGGAAAAGGCAGCUAAUAUGAAGCUUUAGCUGACAGGCAAAUUCAUGCUGUCUGCCUAUCAGAUUGCCGGAGGGGCGGGCGUCGAGGGCUGGGUACUGCGUGCCGCCCGCAGCCAAUGAUGGUGCGGAAGAGGCGGGCGUUGCGGUGUCCCUACUGCGCAUGCUCCAGUUGCGAGCGCUGAUAGGCGGAGAGGGAGAUGAUUGACGUGUCCCGGGGAGCCAACCGGGAUGCGGCAAGGGGCGGGUGCUGCAGUCUCCCUAGUGCGCAUGCCCAAACCGCGAGCGCUGAUAGGUCCGCGGUGUCUCGGGGCCGGGGCCGGAGGGGGAGACCGGGAGCGAACGGGAACGGGGGUCGGGGCGGCUGCGGAGCGCUCGCUGCGGCCGGCGCCCGGGCAUCGGGAGGCGGGCGGCUCAGGGCCGCCCUUCGUGAGGUUUCCCGGAGGCGGCAGAAGGGCGGGGGGGAAGGAGGGGACAGCCGGGGACCUCCCGCCGCGGGCGUCUUCGGGGCGCGGCGGCUGUCGGUGCCCGCGGAGCCCGGCGGGACGGCGGGGGAGCGCGAGGGGAACGGAGCGGCGAAAGAGGCGGCAGGUGAGUGCGGCAGCGGCGAGGGUGACCGUGCCGUUGGAACGGGGGGAGCGGGAGGGGCCGGCGCGGCGCGGCGCGGAGGCGUUCGGUUCCGGUUCCCCCCCCCCCAGCCCUUACGGCCGCGCUGGCGAAGCUGCUGGGAGGCGUGCGGUCCGGAGCCGCGUCUCCCUCCGGCGCAGCGCCCGUGCCCGGUGCGGCAGCCCCUCCGGGAGCGGCGCAGCCCCCGUCGGUCGCGGGGACGGUUACAAGCAGAGCUAAGGCGCGGUUGCGGGCGGGCUGGGUGGCGUGGCGAGCGGGGCGCCGCUUCGGCGGGAGCUCGGGGCGAGCCCCGGCGGGUUCCGUGUCCUGCGGGCGCGGCUUUCGCGCCGCGGCUCUCUCUGUGCGCUUUUUUGUUUGGUCGCGUUUGUUUUUUGGGUUUUUGUUGGCGGGAUUCCCGCGAAACGCGGCACGACCGCUCGCCCGGGGCUGCCGCGGCGGGUCUCAGUGGCGCCGUCCUGUGGGCAAAGCGCGGUACUGCACCCGGCCGCCCCAACGCGGUGCCGCGGCGCGCCUCGGUGCUGCCGCCCUGUGGCGAAACUCGGGUACUGCAGCGCACGGCAAGGGGGGGGGCAGAGACGCCGAUCGAGCCGCGGGGGUUCGCGGUCGGGUCUGUGCGUGCCGGUGUCCGUCCCCCCGACGGGGGUCAGGUCCCCAUUGGUGUGCAAACGACAUCCCUCCCUCGGGGCCUCCUUAAACGUUUAACGACGUAAAUAUUGCUCCUGCUAACGUUGUCGGCGCGGCUUCUUUCCUCAGUGGAUCCGUCUGGCAGUCGGUGGCCCGCGGUUGCUCGGCAACAGCAGAAGCGGAUUGAAGGGACCGGCCGCUGGAGGAUGCCGAAGCCUCCCGGGUCAGCGGUGGGAGCAGCUUUGCGUAAAGCGAGGGGUACGUGAAGCCGGGCGUGCGGUGCCGACCGCCCAGCAGGUAAGGGAAGCUAAAGCUUUACCUCCAGGGACUUCUGCCCAGAAAGCUGAAGCAAUUGCUCUCGCGUGAGCUGUAGAGUUACGCAAAGAGAAGAAGAUUAGUGGCUGCACUGAUUCUAAGCAGGUUUCUUGAAGGGUGCGGGCCCUUGAAGCCGUUUGAAAAGAAUAAAGUGUAUUAACGGCGCAAGGGAGGCAGAUUAAACGUGAUGCUCCGGUUGCUGGAAGCUGUGCUGUUGCUAGGAGAGUUGCCGUCACGCGUUGCAACGGGCCUCAGAAGGGAAACGCUGCUCAGGAAACUGGCAAUAAAUUGGCAGGCGCCGCUGUAAAACCAGCCACCGAAAGGACAGAGACCGGUACGGAAGCCGCGUCUCUGAGCCCAGGUGGCCGUGUCCUCCAGCCAACGUCAGGAAACUGUAACAAAGAGGAUAAGCAAUUAAUAGGAGAUUAAUAGCCCGAUCAGAAUUAGGGUCCAAAGGAGCCGUCACCGGCGACGGGAGAGCAGCGGCGCCUCGCGGCGCGAGGAGCUGACGCGCUCUGUCGAGAUCGGACGAACAGGUAAGAGCGAAUUUAGAAGCUCUGUGCGAACGAGGCAAUGGGAAACGUGCCUAGAAAACCAUCUUGAUGGUGCACGCGGGGUACAGACAAGAGCAGCCGGACGAGGGAAACGUACCAGGACAACGCUGGCAAAGGGAGUUCUCCGAGCUGCCUGGAAAAGGGGGGUGUCGAUACCGGCCGGCACGAACGGCUCCCUUCUCGGGUCGGCCGGAAGCGUUGCCGUGCCGGGGGGCGGCUGCCGGCCUGCGGGCCGGGGCUGCGGCUGUUUGGGGCGCUGCCCCCGCUUUGUUUUCCUCGGGGAGCCCCCCCACGCUCGGGGGCUUGUGGGACGUGCACGUGCAAAUGACACGGUGUUCCCAGCUGCUCUGUUCUCUGCCUUGUUUUUUCAGGUGCCUGUCCCUGUUUUCUCUUCCCGCUUUUGAAGAGAAGCUGCCGAGUCAGCGUACGCUGCGGUGAAGUUCUACAAGAUGCAGCCCUCAGGAACCGGUUGACGUGAGGGAAAUGCUUUCUGACCGCCUGCGUGGCGUCACCAGCGCUGAGGGUUUGUGACCGCGCCAGCGGCAGGACACGCCGACCGGACCGCCCUGGAGCUCAGCAGGAGGCGCUGAAGAGGAACCCGGCGACGCGGGAAGACGGCCGUUGGCGCACGUGGCGUUUUCCUCUGCCGAAGAUGGGUUCGGUCCCUCGGCCCUCUGAAAGCUAAGUGGAGGCGCGAGGGCUGGGAAGGGGCCGGGAAUGGCAGGGACGGGGGGUUUAGCUCUGCUAAGGGCAAGGGCCGUCCAGGAACCGCGCCCUUGGCGCGGGUCAAGGGCCCGGGGACCUUUACGGUGCGAUGCCAGCGUGUGCCGGGCAGGGCAGCUCCAGCCUGCGUCUGCGUUGUGGUGUAGUUCGGGAAGCCUGCCUUGCGCCUGUCAGCCGAUCCUAUUUUAGCUCGUGGGAAAGGGAUUGGGGAACCACCUGGUGGGAAUGCGAGGAGAGCAGCCCUGGCGGAAUCUGAUGAGCAGAGGCCGUUGUAUAAAUUGGACAAGGAAGGAAAGGCUGCGGGCAAAGCGCGGUGCUGCACCCGGCCGCCCCAGUGCAGUGCCGCGGCGCGCCUCGGUGCUGCCGCCCUGUGGCGAAACUCGGGUACUGCAGCGCACGGCAAGGGGGGGGGCAGAGACGCCGAUCGAGCCGCGGGGGUUCGCGGUCGGGUCUGUGCGUGCCGGUGUCCGUCCCCCCGACGGGGGUCAGGUCCCCAUUGGUGUGCAAACGACACCCCUCCCUCGAUGGCUCCUUAGGAGGGUUAAUCCCAGUCCUCGUUCUUUUGGCAGCGGCGGGUCUGUGACCUCGCGGGAAGCCCAGGCUGCUGCACAGAGCUCGUCGGGAGCGGGAGCCGCGGAGGCGGGGGGCCUCGACGAGCCAGAGCUGCGUCAGACGGAGGGGGGCGCGCGCGCUGCCCGGGGGCCGCGUCCGGCGGAGCCGAAGUGACCUGCGGCGGCAAUGAGCGGGAGCCGCUCGGAGCUGGAGCGGCCGUUGGCCGCGCCUUCCCUGGGGAGGUGAGCGCGGGGAGCCCGGCCUCUCUCUCCCUCGGGGAUUAAACCCGCGCCCGUCCGCGCCCUUCCCGGGGGCGGCGGCGA